AUGAAAAUAUUGUAUGACAUCGCGGUAACAUUACAAACAGAUAAAACCGUUGUGCCUAUAUUUCUUGCUCGCAAUAGAGAUGUCAAAAACUACGUCAUCGAUCUCAACUUGGAGACUGAUAUUAUUCUUGAUCAAUUAAUCGUUUUAAAUAGUGAUAGCGAAAAUGAAACGCAACAUGUAUCGAUAAAAAAGACGUUUAUGGAACAAUACUAUAUUAUAAUUGCAAUCAACUCCACCUUAGGUUUGGAUGACCGCGCGAACGCACGCCCUGCACCAUCAAGUUCCCAAUGUCAAUUGCCGAAGAUACAGUUACCUAUAUUUGAUUUUGACCUAAUUCAAUGGCGAUCGUAUCGUGAUACAUUUUCGUCAUUAGUUCAUGAAAGUCCUAAUCUGCCACAAGUUGACAAGUUUCAUUACUUAAUUUCAUCUGUUACGGGUUCCGCUGCUUCUUGUGUCCAUGGUCUUCCGAUCACAGUAGCGUCAAUUAAGGCUCUUGGCAUGGACGAUUUUGAAGGUUUCCUAUUAUUCUAUGUGGCUUCGAGAGUAUUAGAUCCAACAACCAAACGAUGUAACCACUCCGACCAUUGA